AUGAAAUUGCCUACGAAUUGUCCCAUCGGUUCUCGUGGUCAUCAUGCUCUUUACUAUUAUGUCACUUUAGCUUCUUUGUACCUAUUCAUUUGGCCACGGUUAAAAUGCACUGUAAUGCUGAUUCCUCGCGAUGUACCCUAUACCAGAAUCAAAGGUAUCACAGACUCUUCAAAGUGCGAAUCAUGUGUGGGAGAUAAAAGUGAUUCGGUCAACCGCUUCAACGACCUGGGCGAUCGAGCCGUUUUAGUUUCGGAACUACGGCGAUUGCGUGACCAAAUUACUGCUUUGGCGGACAGUUUGGACACGUACGUUGUCGGUGGAGCUGGAGCUGCGGGACUCGCAUCUGGUCAGCUUUCGCAAUCAAACAAGUCGGCUGGCAAUGAGGGCCUAGAACGUGGCAAGGAGUUCGAUCCAUUGAAUACGACACGACAAAGUACAGCGAUUUCCUCGGCAGAGGACACGGAUGGUUAUGUUCUCGCUCGAAAGCCCACCUCGGCAACCAACAACGAUGCGUCCAUGUAUGGUACAGCAAUCUCCUCCUUUAACCCGUCCCAAUUGUCUGAUGAUUGGAGAAGCCGAAAGGGCAGUCCCACCCCCGAUUUUCCCUCGGUUGGUGUCGGUAAAACAGAGCUAUCGCGGUCCAUGACUCCGUCUAACGUGCAUGCUCCACCAGUGCAAGACAAUGCUUCUCAUCAACCUAGGCCGAAUUCUGUGCUGUCCGGUGUGCCGGUACCUCCCGGUCCCUAUGCUCAACCGUUAUCAACUUCAUCAUCAUCCACUGCACCGCCGUACUUCACGGCGCCCAGCGACUCUUCGUCAUCACAGUUCUCUAACUUUUCAAAGGAUCAGACCAAGCCAACACCUCCGGCUCCCUUUACAGGCACUGUGGGACAGUCACAACCCCUAUUCGCCCCUGGAACAAAUUUCUCCGUUGGUGGUGACCUGAACACCCAUUCAUCUUUACAGUCAGCGACUACCAUCAGCCAACCACCGAUGCCUCCGCAUCCCACUGCACUGUCGGAUAUUGGAGGCGCGCUUGUGGCUUGUGGACCACCUACUAUGGGACCAUAUGGCCGGCACGCCGCCCCUGGUCGUCCAGGCGGUAAUCUAGUCGGGCCACCAGCACCGCCACCACCAAAUCGUUUCAUGUUCUCGCCUUCAACGUACCAACCGCAACAACAACAACAACAGCAACAACCUGAUCAAAGCGCUUUCGGCCGCGCUACUCAACACUCCGGAUUUAGUGCAGCUCCGGGGAUGCCACCCAUACCACCGGGGCAAUCACAAGUCCGCCCAGGGUUUCAGACCACGCAACCGAUGCCGUCUGUGUAUUCUCCAUCCAACCAGAGCUUUCCUCACUCCGGCCCCCCAAUGCCCCCGAUGAAUAUGGCGGCGGUCCCUACUAUGCCAUCUGCGGUACCGAAAUUGGGCGGUCCGGAGCAGUCAUUCUACACCCCAUCUCCGGGCGGCUACCCUCCUCGUUGAGCAACCAACAGCAGACAAAUUAUUCUGUGCUUCCGUCCGAGCUACAAUUCUUUCGUGAUUUCUCCCUCAUCACGUAAAACAUUACUUUAACAUGCCCGGCUCCUGCAUCGAACCUUCCUGUUCGGUCUUUUCUUCUGACCUUUGUCAGUUCACUUGGUGAUUGUACCGCGAACAGCUUUUCUUCACUACAGUCUGGUGGUCGUAUUAUGAAUUGCGUUGGUUUUGUCAUUUCCUUGGUCAGGGAAUUCGCGCACUGCAAAGCGACGUGGUACUGGGUCACGCUGAAACUCUCAUCAGCUGGGUUUGCUUAGUAUUCAUCUACUUGAACCAUUUCUUUUCAUUAUAGACCUUAACUUGUGUUUUCUGUUGAAACUUUGAUACAACCCUUAGCCCGGUUGAAUAGUGUGGCUUUACGACCAAUUAUGGACGGGCCGGAAUUAAUGAUUUUGUAUUGCUUUUAUUGUUGGAGCAUGUUGCAUUCUAACCUGGCUCCUCAAC